CGUCCUCCAUUCAGCCCACUUAAGGGCCUACACUGCUGCAGCCGGCCCGACCUCAACGGACGGACAGACGGAGCUCGCUGCGGCCGCCGCCGCCGGCCGGCCGUGCGCUGGGCCUGGCCCAGGCCCGAGCCGGCAGCCCCCCGUGGAACCCAGCCCCUUCAUGGACAGCCGAGCGCCCCGCGCCCGCGGCCAUGGCAUCAGACAGUGACGUCAAGAUGCUGCUCAACUUCGUGAACCUGGCGUCCAGCGACAUCAAGGCAGCGCUGGACAAGUCGGCCCCCUGCCGCCGCUCCGUGGACCACCGCAAGUACCUGCAGAAGCAGCUCAAGCGCUUCUCCCAAAAGUGCUCGCGACUCCCGCGGGGGCUCCCAGGCCGGGGGGCCGAGCCGACCCCCAGGCGGGGCCCCAACGACGACGACCGCCCGGGGAAGCCGCCCCCCGAGGGCAGCCCCGGCGGUGGGGGAACGGAGGGCUGCGGCGGCGGCAGUGGGGAGGAGACCCCCGGGCGGGACCCUGACGCCGCCCAGCCCGGCCAGGUGCCCAUGCGGAAGAGACAGCUGCCCGCAUCCUUCUGGGAGGAGCCGCGGCCCGCGCACGGCUGCUAUGCCGGGGGGCCGGCGGGACCCCCCUACGAGGGCAAGAAGCCCCGCCAGGCCCUGGAGUCCCCGGGGCCCGUGGUCACCCGGCUGCAGGCCCACAAGGAGUUCCUGAGGAUGCCGGGGGUGACCCUGGCGGGUCGGGCCAGCGCCUGGACCUGCUGCCCCUUCCAGUACCAUGGACAGCCCAUCUACCCCGGGCCUCCGGGGGCCCUGCCUCCCAGCCCACUGCCCAGCCUGGGCCUGUGGAGGAAAAGCCCCCCGCUGCCCGGGGAGCUGGCACACUUCCGCAAGGACGCGGACGGCCCGGGCCCCAAGGUGUACCGGCCGGUGGUCCUGAAGCCCAUCCCCACCAAGCCGGCCAUGGCCCCCCCACUCUUCAAUGUCUUUGGCUACCUCUAG